GUCGACCUCGCUCGUUUCCCACUGCACAGCUGCUUGCCCGCGCCGCCAACGAGAGAGCUCCGUCAACUUUCGCGACUUUGCGACAGCUUCAGUCUGGAAACAUCACUCCCUCGACAUUCCCACAUUACCCACCAGCUCAACAACGUAUUUAACCCGAUCGCAAAAGCAAUUUGCAUUACAACAGCAGCAGCAAUACCAAUCGAGUACGACACGCUCCAACCAUCACCAACAAAACACACAGUUAACGCAAAGUCAACAAUAAUCCACCCACCAUGUCAGGCCAGACAGGCAAAUGGCGAGAAGAGCAAGUCCUCGUCAUCUGCCCUGGCAGUUCGACAACCAUGGCCCAGCUCGGUUGUGGGGAACUCAGUCCGCCCGCCCACCGUUUUCCGACGCGCAUGUUUAGAGACGAAGAGACGGGUCAAUGGAGGCCCUACCAUACUUUCAAGAGGAAGAAGGCUGCCGCUGUGCCUGCGCCUGUAGUCGAGGGAGAACAGAAAACAGAAGAAACAAAGCCAGAAGGGGAGAAGAAGGAAGAAGACGAGUGGGAAUAUGUUGAGGACCAGGACUCGGACGAGGGCGCUGUUUAUCCUAUCCAGGGCGGCCACAUCGUCGUAAUGGACGCCUUCCUCGCCUUCCUCGAACACGUCCACUCUAGCCUGACCACCACCUACCACAACACGCCCAUAAUGCUCAUGGCCUCCCCGCAAUGGACACGCCCAGACUGCGAAACCUUGGCUCGUUACAUAUUCGAAAAGACCAAGACACCCGCCCUGUGUCUGAUCAACUCCGCCAUUGCGACGCAGUACGGCCUCAAGUGGCCCAACAUGACUGUUGUCGAUAUCGGGUUUGAGAAGGUCGACGUGACGUGUAUCUACGACAGCAGGAUCGUGGCGCAUAGGGAUGUUGGGGCGGGAUGGCCAGAGAACAGCGCAGAAGAGGAAAGGGAAAUCAGCGGUGGAGAGGUCUUCACACGGAAACUGCAGCAGCUAUUGAAGGAUAAGAUCAAUGGGUUCAACCGCGACAUGGCCGAGCAACUGAAGAAGAGUAACAUCUGCGAAGUGCUGCCUUAUGCGCCGGACAAGCCCAAGCUGAUGGAUCUCCCUACCGAGGAUGUCCCUGUUGCUGCGGUUGCUACUACUACUACCGGAGCGGCGGCCGCUGCAGCGGCUUCGGGCACUACGACAGAAGGACCGAAGAUUGUCGAGCCGGUUGCUGACGAACCGAUCUACGACGCUGAAGGAAACUUGGUGGAUGAUGAGGGUGUGCUCGACGUUGCGAAUAUCGUGGCCACAGGUCAGACCAGGGAGUUCUUGGCCAAGAAAGAGAAGGAGAAGCAGGAGAAGGCGAAGAAGAAGGGCAAGGAUAAAGAGGCGGAGGCGAAUAGAGCGAUGAGGUUGCCCAACUCUAAGAGGGUGAAGAACGUUUUCCACUUUGAGGAGUACGUUACCGAGGAGGUCCCGAUUGUUCAGCCUGCUCCGCCAGCACCGGCACCGGCACCGGCCGCACAGCAUGUACCAGCGACGACAGAGGGUGCUAAGGAUGUUGAGAUGGCUGAUGCGCCCGCGGCACCACCAGCGGAAGGAGCCGAGAAGAAGGAUGAAGAAAAGAAGGAUGAAGCCAAGACUGAGGAGCAAAAACCGGACGCCCCUGCUACGGAGGACAAGAAGCCCGAGGAGAAACCAUCCGAACCCGCACCAGAACCCGCCACCGAAGCGCCCCAGCCUGCCGAAGCGCCAAAGGCCCCCGAGCCCGCUGCUGCCCCCACCCCUCCCGCACCAGAAGGCCCCGUCCCCACCGAGCGUCAAACCAAGCGCAUCCGGCGAGACAUCGAAGUCGGCCUCGAGCGCUUCGAGUUCGCCGACCGCGCCGAGAUCGACCGCAUCGUCACCGCCAUCUACAACGCCGUCCAGUCUAUCGACGACAUGUACAUGCGCCCUCCCUGCUGGGAAUCCCUCGUCUUCGUCGGCAACGGCGCCCGCAUCCGCGGUCUCAAGGAAAACAUUCUUCAAACCCUACAAGCCCGCCACCUCAUCUCCCCCUCGAGCGCAACCAUCUUCACCUCCGAACUGCCCUCCAACAUCGGCACCCCCACAGCCGGCACGCCCGGUCCUGGAGGUGCUUCGACGCCUAUCGCUAGCGGUCCUGGCGGUGCGCAGUCCGGUUCGCUACUACAAGCCGCCACUUCCGCCGCGGCCGCGAAUGCAAACCUCAGCGUAGGACCCGGCGGCGCUCAGGGAUUCCAGGGAGGCGCGGAGGGAAGCCAGCUGGGUCAGCACCACUUCCACAGCCAGACGCCGACCAAUAUCAAGCUGGCGCAGCUGCCAACGUAUUUGAGCGAAUGGACCAAGAACGGGUUCGAGGAGGCCAUGUUCCUUGGCGCGCAGGUGGCUGCGAGGAUGGCGUUUUGCAUACACAAUUUUGAUGCGCAGGGGUUGGAGAUGCAGCGGUAUAUGAGUUUGAGUAGGGUUGAUUAUAAUGAGUUGGGUCCUAAGGGGAUUAGGCUGCAUUCUAUGUUGGGGUGGUAGAGGCGGACUUUGAUGGGUCAAAUGUUUGAAAACGAAAGAGGAUGAUAUACCAUUGAUUGGGUUGGGAGCCGAAGAGUUGGCGGACAGACAGACAGACAGCUGAUGAUGUUCUUGAAAGGAGGGAAGAAAAGAGAUGUACGAAAUGAACGGAUGAGGAGGUACUCGUGCUGGCUCGCUGGCUGGCUGGCUGGCUGGUCGUUUGAAAUCAUUUUACACUUUAUACUCACUUUUAUGCUUACAUUUGGCAGGCGUCACGAAAAGAAAAAAGAGUGUUGUUGUUGAAAGGGAACUUGGUCACUUGACUGGCAGGGCCAAGCACAGGUUGCUCUAUUCUUUUGGCUUGGGUGAUAUCCUAUCCUGCCUUGUCUUGUCUUGUACACGAUGUUCGACGGGCAGAUAUAACGAGUGGAUCGGGUCUUUUACGUCCCCUUUCUUGCUCUUUUCCUUCUCUUGCUCUUUCUCCAUCACGUAAUUUCCUCUCUGUGGCUAGCGGGUUGAACGUCGAUUGUUUGUUUGCUCGUGAACUAGAUGGUGGAUGUUGGACGUGAGCUCGAGGAUGAUGGAGUGGCUAGUGCCGUGUCGCAGUGUGCAGGCUCGAAGCUGAGGCAGAGUCUGGUCUGGUCUGCCUUUUGUGACUGAUGGAUGUCUUGGGUCAACUUCUGCUUCUUCG